AUGGCUUCUGUCACACACCUACCCAGCAGAACCAACAUGAAUCACAUUACAUUCUCAGAAAGCUUUCAUCCAAAGUCUCAUCCUUUUGGGCAAGUUUUGUUGCCCAAGAGAAAUGACUUGUCUCCCUCUAUACAAUCAACUGUAGCUUCUGGUUUUGCAUUAGGAAUCAGCACCACUACUUUUGGUGUUGUGAAAGACAACAACAACACUAGAGUACUCACACCCACAACUCUAUUCAAUUUUUGGAGAGAGGUUCAAGGGUGCAAUAACUGGGAAAAUCUUUUAGACCCAUUGCACCCUCUUCUUCGCCAAGAGAUAAUUCGCUAUGGGGAAUUUGUCACAGCCUCUUACAAGGCUUUUGAUAUUGACCCAAACUCCAAACGAUACUUGAACUGCAAAUAUGGGAAGAAGAGUAUGUUGAGAGAGGUGGGAAUGGAAAAUUCAGGGUAUGAUGUGACAAAGUACAUCUAUGCAACCCCUGAUAUCAACAUUAACAUUCCAAUGCAAAACUCUUCUUUUUCUUCUUCUUCUUCUUCUGGUCGGUGGAUUGGUUACGUGGCUGUAUCAUCAGAUGAAGAAGUAGUCAAGAAACUUGGUCGGAGAGACAUACUCAUAACAUUCCGUGGAACAGUUACAAGUCAAGAAUGGAUUUCAAACUUGAUGAGCUCAUUGACACCGGCCAUGCUUGAUCCACAUAAUCCAAGACCUGAUGUGAAGGUGGAGUCAGGUUUUCUCUCCCUUUAUACAUCUGAUGAAAGCUCUUCCAAAUUUGGACUUGAAAGUUGCAGAGAACAGCUUCUUUCUGAGGUGUCAAGGUUGAGAAACAAAUACAAAGGAGAAAGCCUCAGCAUAACCUUGGCUGGUCAUAGCAUGGGGAGUGCCUUGGCUCUCUUGCUUGCUUAUGACAUAGCAGAGCUUGGAUUGAACAAAAUUAACCGAAAAAAUGAGGUACCUCUUACUGUUUUCUCUUUUGGGGGACCAAGAGUUGGUAACUCGGAAUUUAAAAAACGGUGUGAGGAAUUGGGUGUUAAAGUGCUAAGAAUAGCAAAUGUUAAUGACCCCAUCACAAAACUACCUGGAGUUGUCUUCAAUGAAAAUUUUAGGGUUUUGGGUGGGAGAUAUGAGUUCCCAUGGAGUUGUUCAUGUUAUGCUCAUGUUGGAGUUGAACUAAUGCUUGAUUUUUUCAACGUUCAAAACCCUUCAUGUGUUCAUGACUUGGAUAGCUAUAUUGGCCUUCUUAGGCGCCCUAAUAAUGUUGAAGUGGUGCAGCCUCAAAGGGACGGAGGAGGAGGAGGAGUAAACCAUUUGUUGGAGAAGGCAAGAGAGUUUCUCUUCUUGAUGAGGUCGCAAAACAUAAAAAUCUUGCCGGAAUUAUUAGCCGGAGGAGGCAACAACCACCAGGGUUUGCUGAAUUCAUUCUCAAGGGACAUGUUAUGCUCUUGGGGCGAUGAACUGCUUUUUGGCCUAGUUCUUUUGUUGUUGUAA